AUGAGCAUUGUGGCUGCGUGCUGCGGUGCUAUGAAUUUUGGAAUCCACACUGUCAGCUUCAAUGCUUCAAGGGAUUUUGCCGCUGUAGACUUGAAAUGGUGUGAUGAUGACAAUGCCAAACGUGCGACUUGUGACACUGCUGUUAAAUAUGGCGGUAUGCUAUCAUCUUUCGUAUUUCUAGGGGCUACUUUAGGUGCUGGGCUGACUAGUGUGAUUGUAAAGUUUGGACGAAGGAAGGCUUUGUUGUUCAUACACUUGUUAAAUAUCGUUGGUACUAUAUUAUGUGUCGCUGCACAGGAGUUCGUUACCCUAUUGAUAGGAAGGUUGAUUGCAGGCCUUGGUGUGGGCAUGUCGGUUGUAGUACCUUUGUAUAUCUCUGAAAUCUCGCCAACUAAAUCUAGAGGAUUCUAUUCCAGUUUCUACCAGUUUUUCAUAGUUUUUGGGCAGUUGGUCACUAAUUCUCUACAAUUAUUAUAUUUUAGAGUAGUAGAAGAUGAUAAGACUAAGGAAUUUGUAUUAAGCACUACGGAUAUGUUUUUGUGGCGCUUCAUUAUUGGGUUACCCAUUUUAUUCUCGCUAAUUUCUAUUACUAUUUUCAUGACUGUAAGCAGGUUUGAGACCCCAAGACAGCUCAUGGUAGAAGGGAAAUCAGAUGAAGCCAAAAAGGUUUUGACUAUUUUACAUGGAGAAGAAGAGCUACAAAGUGAAUUUGAGUCGGUGCUUAAUGAUGUUGAAUCUAGUAAAGUUUCAGACGCUUCCCCAAAUAUGGUCGAAGAUGGUGAUGGUGUUGUAGCAUCUAAACAACUGGGCUUAAUAAAAUGCAUGUCAUCGCCAAAAUACUUCAAAGUUAUUGUCAUAACAUUAGUUAUAUCAUCUCUUUCUCAACUAUCCGGUAUUAACGUACUUAUGGCAAACGCUACGCGCCUCUUUUUCUCAAUUUUGGGCCGUGUAUACCUGGCGACAACCGUAUCUUCAAUGUUUACAAUGGUUAACCUCAUUACCACAAUAGUUGCAGUGUUUAUCAUUGACAAGGUUGGUAGGAGAAAGUUGCUGAUUGUGGGUACUGUUAUAAUGUCUUUAUUUAUGAUCCCAGCUUCUAUAUCUUUGAUAGCUUACCCUGAGCAUCAAACCACGCAAAUCCUAUGUAUUAUUGGCGCUGUUGGCUUUUGUAUUGGUUUUUCAAUUGGAUUUGGUUCUGUAUUGUGGGUGUACUUUGUUGAGGUUUAUCCGCCUGAGAUCAAGGAUUACUCCGUCUCUGCCGCGACACUAAUUAAUUGGAUAUCAGGCUUUGCAAUUGUCUUAGCAUCUGAUGCCAUGUUGAGUUAUAGUAAGGCAUUGGUAUAUUCUAUAUUCACUGUAGUUUGUGUUGUAUCUACAGUGGUUUGUGUGUUAUUUGUGAAGGAAACUAGUGGAAUGGCAAUUGGCAAGGCAUACUAA